AAUGCCAAUUGCAUGUACGAAAUAGUAAAUCACAGAUUAAGCUAAUAAGUCUCAUAGAGUUAGCUGAUAGCACCCACAACUGCGAAAUAAAUAAAAAUCUUUGUUCGUCACGAACAAAGUCACACAAAAUGAGCGCGUCACUGUGUGAAGAAGGGACCUACAAAAUCGCUGCGCCGGGAAAUAAGCAGGCGAUAAAGCCAAAUGAGGAAGAACGCCUGGUCGAUCAACAACAGGAUAAGGCGGGGCUAUGGAGCAAGCAGCUGGCCUUUGUUGGAUAUGGUGCAACCAUAGGUUCAGCAAUUCCUGCAGGAUAUUGCAUUGGUGUUAUGAAUAGUCCUGCAGAGUUUAUGCGCGAUUGGUGUAAUCAGACACUGAUAGAACGAUAUGACUGGGAGUUGGGAGAAAUGGGUAUCAACAUUCUAUGGUCAACGAUUGUUUCGAUUUUCUUAGUUGGCGGCGCAAUAGGAUCUCUUACAGGAGCAAAAGUGGCCAACCGUUUCGGAAGGCGUAGCAGUUUUCUCUACUGCGGUGUGAUCUUCAUCAUCUCCGCUAUACUAUUCUACACCUGUCGCAUGCUCCGUUCGGUGGAAGCGCUUAUUAUUGCACGUUUUCUGGCAGGCCUAGCAUCAGGUUUAACAACGGCAUGUUUGCCCAUGUACCUGUCAGAGGUGGCACCACUAUCAAUGCGCGGUGUUUUAGGUGUCUUCUGUCCAAUGGGCCUAACCGCCGGCGUUGUGAUAGCACAAGUAUUUAGUUUACGAAGCGUCUUCGGUAAUGCUGAUCAAUGGCACAUCGCGAUCAGCCUUUAUAUUGUGCUAGUGUUAAUAUGUUAUGCACCUAUGAACUACUAUCUAGAAAGUCCCAAAUGGUUAUACAUUAUGAAAGGUGAUAAGGUUACCGCGCGACAACAACUGGAAAAGUUACGUGGAAAAGUUGGUGAAAAUGCGAUUAAUAGAGAGAUUUUGGAGAUGGAAGCUGAAGCGAAUGCUAAAAAUCAGGUCAGCAGUUACAAGGCCAUUCUUAGCGAUCCUAAGCUUCGCUUACCAUUGAUCAUCGUUUGUGCUUAUCAAGGCGGACAACAAUUAUCCGGUAUUAACGCUAUUUUCUACUAUUCGGUGUCUAUUUUUCUGAAAGCUGGGUUAUCUGCAACUGCUGCCGAGUGGACUAAUUUAGCUGCUGGUAGCCUUAAUUUGGCAAUAUCAUUAUUCGGGCCAUAUUUAAUGGCACGCUUCAAUCGUCGUCCACUUUUUCUGUUCUCAACGUUUUUUAGUGGCGUCUUUUUGAUGGCAUUUGCAGUGUUACUCUAUUUUAUUGACUAUGUCUCUUGGUUUGCAAUGGGCUGCAUCGCUUGCAUAUUUCUUUAUAUUUUCUUCUACCAGUUUGGUUUAGGUCCCAUACCAUUCUUCAUUGGAUCUGAACUUUUCGAAGUGGCUCCACGCCCAGCUGCCAUGUCUCUUGGAAGUCUUUCCUCUUGGGUAUGUAAUUUCACCGUGGGCAUGCUCUUUCCAACACUACAAGAAGUAUGGGGCUCUUUGGUGUUCAUACCUUUCUCCUUGGUCUGCAUUUUGCUUUUCUUACUGACCAAACGCUAUUUACCGGAAACUAAAGGUCGUGACCCAUCUCAGGUUGUACAAUUGGUGGCGAAUGGUUUUAAAUCGAAUAUACAUGAAGACAAAUAAUUUCAACUUAAUAUUAUUUAAACUCUUUAGGGCAUAUGCAUUAA